GUGGGCAAAUCACCACCGGAAGUCCUGUUACCUUCACGAACGAGAAGAUGGCGGCGCUUCGGGUGGUGGUGACCGGGAGCGGCAGAACCUUACUGAACGCUCCGAAAUCUGUUCACACUCCCAGGGCCAGUAUGUCGUUUGCAAGCCUUUCCCGGGGUAAAAAGGUGGCACUGUCCACGCUGGGUGUGCUGACAGCAGGGGGUGCUGGUCUCGCCUUGGCCUUACAUCAGUCUGUGAAGGCUUCCGACCUGGAGCUGCACCCACCCUCGUAUCCAUGGAGUCACAACGGGAUGCUGUCGUCUCUGGAUCAUGCCAGCAUUCGCCGUGGGUACGAGGUGUACAAGCAGGUGUGCGCUGCUUGUCACAGCAUGGAGUAUCUGGCCUUCCGUAACCUUGUGGGCGUGUCGCACACAGAGGCUGAAGUCAAGGCUCUGGCUGAGGAGAUCGAGGUGGUGGACGGCCCAGAUGAGAGUGGAGAGAUGUUCACCCGACCAGGAAAGCUCUCUGACUACUUCCCCAAGCCGUACGCUAAUCCGGAGGCGGCCCGAGCAGCCAACAGUGGAGCCUUACCCCCAGACCUCAGUUAUAUCGUGAAUGCUAGACAUGGUGGGGAGGACUACGUGUUCUCCUUGCUGACGGGCUACUGCGACCCCCCUGCGGGAGUUUCUGUGAGGGAGGGGCUCUACUACAACCCUUACUUCCCUGGCCAGGCCAUCGCGAUGGCUCCCCCAAUCUACAAUGAGGUGCUGGAGUAUGAGGAUGGGACCCCCGCCACCAUGAGCCAAGUGGCGAAAGAUGUGUGUACCUUCCUGCGGUGGGCAGCAGAGCCAGAGCACGAUCAACGCAAGCGUAUGGGUCUAAAGAUGCUCAUGGGCUCCGCAAUCCUGGUGCCCCUAGUUUAUUACCUGAAAAGACACAGGUGGACCGUCCUGAAGAGCCGCAAGAUCGCCUACAGACCGCCUAAGUGAAACACCCCGCCCCCCCCCGGCUGCAUCGCCACCUCAUUCCCCUGACUGGAUCCAGUUUCCGAUUCACAAUCAGUGCUGGGGAAGAGCGACUCGCACAGUGAUUCGCUCUCAUCUACAUCACUUGAAUAAUGCGUCAUUUUGCAGUUUUCCUCUUCCGAAGGAGCUUAAAGACAAGACCUCGUGCUCAAUGUUUUAUUAAAAAAAAAGAAUAAAUUAUAAAAAGAGAAACGGGAAACAUUGGUCACAGGUGGUCUCAGUUCAUUUGGGGAACGAGUUAUGUUUUGAGCUUUGUGAAUUGUCCAAAACACAUGAAUACCUGUUAUACAGAGGUAUACCUAAUAAAAAAAACUACUGAA